AUGGCUGAGGAGAAGGAAGCGGAUGCCUUCAAGAUACUGAGGAUUCACGACAGACGCGUGGAGAGGAGAAAUCUGCGGGAGAGUUACGCCACCGCUCCUCAGCUGCAGCGAGGACAGCAGCAGCUGGGCAGUUCUUACGGGAGUUCCCCACUGCCCCCCGCACAGCACAGCCCCGUGUAUCAGGAACUGAGCAAUAUGACCCAAGAGCAGUGGGACCUCCAGAGCCGGGACACAUCCGGACUCCAGGCCAUGUGGUUCUCAGAGGGAGAACUGAAGGACAGAGCUGGCCCCAGGUAAGUCUCUGAUGAACAAAACCCACCCUACAUGUCACCAUCCCUGAGCAGAGACGUCUGGUCAUUCCUCAGGAACAUUCCUCCAGUCCCGCCUGAGGUGAUGGUCAGGAGGGCCCCGGGCGAUUUCUGCAAGGUGGGCACGCUGCUCCACGGGAAGAGGGUCAACGCCAUUGCCGUCAGCCGCGCCCCCCACCAUGUGUACACGUGUGGCUCGGGCUACAUCAGGGUGUGGGACGACAGCGCUCUGCACGCCUUCGACAGGACCCCGAAGGCCCAGCUGGACUUUCAGAACCGGCAGAACCGGGUCCUCACCUGCAAGCUCUUCCCUGACGAGCAGAGCCUCAUCACUGGAGGCGUGGCUCAGACGCUGACGCUCUGGGACCUGGCGCCCACACCCCAAGUCAAAGCACAGCUGGCCUCCACAGGCCCCAUUUGCUAUUCCCUGGCCGUCUCCUCGGAUGCCCACAUCUGCUUGGCUUGCUUCAAAGGAUUUGUGGAGAUCUGGGAUGUGCAGAACCAAAUCUUGAUCAGGAAACAUGAAGUGCCCGUCUAUGGCUCCCGCUGUGUGGACAUCACAGGCCACAAGUUCUGGACGGGCGGUGAAGACACCAUCUUGUAUUCCUGGGACCUGAGGAGUUACCAGAGGCUGCAGCAGCAUCACUUAAGUAAUGAGAUCCUCUGCAUAACGCACGACCCCGGUGAGGAGUGGGUGUUAGCGGGCUUGAAAAUGAGUGACAUUGUAAUCCUGCACGCUCAUCGCGAUGAGAAGUUUAAGGCUGUGAUACAAAGAUACACCCAUCACCACAACCUCAAGUUUGCUUCCAGUGGGACCUAUUUUGUAUCUACACAAGAUGAGUCCGUCCAUUGCAUAGAGGCCCCGAGUCUACAAAGGUUGUUUCAGGCAGAAGAGUCUUCGGACAUUCUGUGUUGUGAUAUUUCCUCGGAUAACAAGUAUCUGGUCACAGGCUCCAAGAAUACCGCCACAGUUUACCAGCUCUUGUACUGA